UUAACUAUAGUGACUGUAAUGAAUAAAGAAACGAAAAGGUUCGCCGUAAAGUUGUUUCGUCCGUCGUUCAAAACAGCAAAGUUUAAGCAGUUCAACUUAUUGUUUUACGAGCGUGUCUUCAAUAGUCUCGCGCAGUGGGUGAUUUUCUUCCUGGCGUUCCAUUCGUAAAUAUUAACUAAAGAUACUGGACAUCAGUCACGCAUGUCAAAAGGGCAAACAAACUAAGUUAGUUGACGAGUUGUUCUCUAAUUUCAAUUUAUCUUCCAGAAAUAGCGAACUGGAAUUCGCGAGAAGCUCGGACGACGCGAAGUUUUGUGCAAACUUAUUUCGCCUGCUCUUCAGCAUUGGAAAAAGCGUAUGUUGUCAGAAAGUAUCAAAUUACUUAGAGCGAGGAGCGUAGACGCUUCAGUUGACGAAUAAAAUUCAGAAUUCAUUUGUGGUCAUUAAAUAGAGCGAAUCUGAAGUACAGGCCAGAUGAAACGACGUUUCAAUACCGAAUAUUUAGAGCAAUCUGAGGAAGACGCUGAGAGCAAGACACCUAGAUUGCUGCUUCGAAUCUCGAACGGGGAAAUCAAACAACCGUUGCAUUCGCAUUCGGAGGAUAAAAGCCGAAGUAUCGCCGUGGAAAGCAUCGUCAACUGUGAAAUAUGCGGCGAAGUUGUUAAAAAUAAGCAAUUUUAUCUUUCGGGCGAACGUUAUUACUGUAGCUAUGAAUGUUUUGAUCUCGACGUAAAAGAUUUGUACGAAAGUGAAAAUGAAGUAUUUUAUCAAAAGGACGAUCAGGAAUUUGUAAUGGAUAAUCCGAUAAAAAAUCGCGACAUGAAGCGUACUGUAUCUAAUGCUUCCGCUCAAGAGUUAGUCGGUUGCUCCACCCCAGGUUGCAAUGGCAAAGGUCAUGUUAAUGGCAAAUUCUCCUCCCAUAGAAGCAUUCAAGGAUGUCCUAAUAUCGGCAAGGAUCAUUUAACAAAAGGUGAAGAAACAAGAGAAGAUUGCGAUGAAACUUCACUUCGACAUUUCUUCUCGAGAUGUCCAACUAAAGGCUGCGAUGGUAGCGGACACAAAUCCGGUUUAUACGCAACACAUAGAAGCCUCUACGGUUGUCCAAGAAAAACUGCAAAGAAAGCAUAUAAUUUCGUGAUCGAAGGAGGCAGUUCUCUGAAAUGUCCCGUACCCGGAUGCGAUAGUUCCGGACAUAGAACAGGAUUGUACACGUCACACAGACGAGCAUCUGGCUGCCCAUUAGCUGCUGCCAGGCGACAGUAUGAAAAGCAGAUAUCUCCUUCGACUCACAAAAUAAAACGAGGAAAACGCCCGUCCAUACUCAAGAUGACCGAGGGCUUGCAUCAAGCAAGUCCCACAUCACCCGAUUCGGGUAUUUCAUCCGGUUCCAGCCACGAAGACCUUAAUUCCGCCAAAAAAGACGGCAACGUAGAUUCCCCGAAAGAUAAUACUCAUUUCACAUUUCCUCGUGCGACGGAAACUCAUUCCGGGAUGCCUUACACUGCGGCAAAUGAGCCCCCGAGUCUACAUGCCACUCCUGUGAUCACUGUAAAUACUUCAUCUAAUAUCCCUCCAUGGAAUGUUGCAUAUCAUAAACAGUUGGUAACACCCACCGGGAUUGCGACGAGCGUGGUACAAAGAGCUCAUGUUAAGACAGAAAUCCGGGAGGGGAGAUCGGAUGACGAGGGGAAAAACCUGAUUUGUUCGGACGAAGAGUUUUCUGAUGAUUCUAACGGAUCCGAAGAAUUUUUUCAAGAUUUCCAAAAACGUCAAAGCUCCGUUAUUCGCGAAAGCAUUAAAACAGAAGUUUUAGAAGAUGAAAAGCAACACAGAGAAGAUACUAAAGAUAAAAUGGCGACGUCUCCAGCUCGUGUUAGCGUUUCUACGCGUUCCUCGACCGAAACGAAAUCAGAAUUUGGACAAACAUUUUCCAAUACUUCAGAUACAAGGGAAGUCAAGUGUCCCACAGUCGGGUGUGACGGUACUGGUCACGUGACUGGGCGGUUUGCAUCUCAUAGAAGUCUCUCUGGUUGUCCUCUCGCAGCUAGAAAUGUACCACCGAAGACAGACACAGAGAAUGUUGCUCCUGAAAGAUCAUUAUGUCCUACACCGGGCUGUGACGGAUCAGGUCAUGUGACCGGACAAUUUCAAUCUCAUCGCAGUUUAUCGGGAUGUCCUCGUGUAUCCGCGGAGAAUAAAAAGGAGCUGAUGAGAAGAGAAGUGGAAAUAAGACUGUCAUCUGGCGAUACUUCGCCGGAACUUGGCUUAAAACCAAUCAAAAUGCAAGCUGGACAACAUGUGGACAAGAUCCGACAAAUUGAUAAUCUCGACAGCGAAAUCCGAGUUCUUGUAGCGAGCAACGAGCAAUGUGCGAGAGAAGCCGAUGAACUACGAAAGGCGGUGACGGAGAUGGAAAAUCAACUGAGAUGCGGCGAAGUGGAGCUUAACGAUGCGCUGAUGCGAGACAGUUUGGCGCGAACUAAACUAAUCAUCUUCCAAACUAGAUUCAUUGCUAAUUUAUCGACGGUCUUGAAUAACACAACAAGCGGAGUCACGUUAAACUACGACACGUUCGAUGACUACGUUCGCAUGUUAACGGAGUUGUUUGCUCGUCCGGAUGAAAACGCUCGUCUGAUAGAACAGAUUAAGGACGCUCUGCGCACUUUCAACGUGUAAAAAGUAUGUAUUAUUUUAGUCAGGCUUGUAGAACCAGUUUGUAUCAACUGGUAUGUAUGUAUAUUUUUCAUUCUCUUUCAAAUCAAAAAUACAUAUAUAUAUAUA